CAGCUCCCUCCCUCCCCAACCCUGCGCGCCUCACGUUCCAUGGGUCCCCGGUUAUUGAUAACACAAUUUGCCCGCUGGGAUUCGUUCUGAUAACGUGAACUCGUGGGAAGGGUCUUUCAUGCAAUACAACGACAGACAGUCCGGAGAGAAAAAAAACGACGAUUGCUCUUCAUUAUUACAUACAGGAAGCUGAACCCACCCCUUACUUGAGAACGCGACAGCAACCAGACAGAAAGGCCUCCCCUUCUCCCUCUCUACUCCCAUACAUCCUUGGUUACUGUGUUGUGGGACCCCCUGAUGAGUGGGACCUGCCUCCAUGAGCCCCACACCCCCUCCCCCUCCCUCUCAGGCUUCAGCACCCCCAUCUCAGAACCUACCUUCCGCAGGCUGGAUGCAGACCCCCCCGCCUGCACCCCAGAGACCGACCUGACCCCCACCCAGUGUGUCCUCCGCAACGUGCUGUGCAUCGACACAGGUGGGGCACCAGUUGUGUCAGGCGGAGGUGAGGGGUGCCCCCACACCUGUGGCAGCAGCCCGACCCCCAGCGACGGGCCCCUGGCCCACUUUGACAACAGCGUGCUGAAGUUGCACGAGCAUGAAGCCUGCCAGUGUGGGGGCGGGGAGGAGGCGGGGCUUAGCUCAGAGGCUGGGGCCGUCCACAGCCAAUCAGACAACAUCCGGCUGCAGCAAGGAAGUGGAGGGUUCCUGGAGGGGCUGUUUGGCUGCCUGAAACCCGUCUGGACCAUGAUCGGGAAAGCCUACUCCACCGAACACAAGCAUAACCAGGAAGGUGCGUGGAAAUCCUGGGAAGUUCCGUUUGAGGAGAUCUCAGACCUGCAGUGGGUGGGCAGUGGGGCCCAGGGUGCCGUCUUCUUGGGGAAGUUCCAUGGAGAGGACGUGGCUGUCAAGAAAGUCCGGGACAUCAAGGAGACGGAGAUCAAGCACCUACGCAAACUCAAGCACCCCAACAUAAUCACCUUCAAGGGUAUCUGCACCCAGGCUCCCUGCUAUUGUAUCCUGAUGGAGUACUGUGCGCAGGGCCAGCUGUACGAGGUGCUAAGGGCGGGCAGGAACAUCACCCCCUCCCUACUCAUUGACUGGGCCAUGGGCAUUGCCGGGGGCAUGAACUACUUACACCUCCACAAGAUCAUCCACAGAGACCUCAAGUCCCCCAAUAUGCUGAUUACACAUGAUGACUUGGUGAAGAUCUCUGACUUUGGCACCUCCAAGGAGCUCAUUGAUAAGAGCAUGAAGAUGUCAUUUGCUGGUACGGUGGCCUGGAUGGCCCCAGAGGUCAUUCGGAAUGAACCUGUAUCAGAGAAGGUGGACAUCUGGUCGUUUGGGGUGGUGUUGUGGGAAAUGCUGACCGGGGAGGUCCCCUAUAAGGAUGUGGACUCCUCCGCCAUCAUCUGGGGGGUGGGCAACAACAGCCUGAACCUCCCUAUCCCCAAGAGCUGCCCCGAUGGCUUCAAAAUCCUCCUGAGGCAGUGCUGGAACUGUAAACCCAGAAAUAGACCCUCUUUCCGUCAGAUCCUCCUCCAUCUGGAUAUAGCCUCAGCUGAUGUCCUCUCCACCCCACAGGAGACAUACUUCAAAUCUCAGGCUGAGUGGCGGGAGGAGGUGAAGCAGCACUUUGAGAAGAUUAAGUCUGAUGGGACCUGUCUGCACCGACUGGACGAGGAACUGAUCAACCGACGCAGAGAGGAGCUCAGGCACGCUCUGGACAUCCGUGAGCACUAUGAGAGGAAACUGGAGAGGGCCAACAACCUCUACAUGGAGCUCAAUGCUGUCAUGCUGCAGCUGGAGCUCAAAGAGAAAGAGCUACAGAAGAGAGAGCAGUCUUUAGAUAAGAAGUUUCCAGGACUGUUCAAGCACCACAGCUCCAGACAGACUAGCUCCUCCAACUCCAUGGACAAACUCAUCAAGAAGAGAAACGUCCCACAGAAACUGCCCUCUGGAAAGAGGCCAGACAUCCUCAAGUCAGAGGUGAUCAUUCCCAAGAUGGAUUCCUCCGUGAUGCAGGUCACCAUCCCCUCCUGCACCAACAGGGGCUCCACGUCUCCUAGCCGCUCACGGAGGAUCAAGACCCGCCACCGCAAGCCUGGCAAGGGCAGCAGCGGGGACCUAGCUGGCCUGAAGGCCACUCAACCCUCCCCUGGCGGGGACAACCCUGCCCAGGCCAACAGCUUCAGCACGGAACCCUCUAAGCAGCUCCUGGACCCCAGCGCAGUCUUGCGGGCCCUGGGCCACGAGCAGCAGCAGAGGCAGCUGUCCUCCUCCAGCCCAGACCUCAUAUGCACCACGCUGGCAGCUGAGGGCCAGGGGAAAGGAGAGACCACCAUGGGGGGGCUGGAGAAGGGUGGCAGCCUGAGUGCCUCUGCGGGCCUGGGGGGGUCCGAGCGGGGCGCGGCAGGUCUGGAUGACCUCACAGAGACGCCCCCGCAUAGCAACACUCCCAGUGAGGACGCAGCAUCAUUCCCCUUCUCUAGCAGCCCAGACUCGCCAUGUGGGAGGGGGGUGGCCGCCGGGAGGGGGUCUGUGCUGGGUGCCCCACGCCUGCCCCACGAUGGGGACUAUAAGGAGGAGGGAGUGAGUGGUGUGAGGUUACCCCGGGUGGCGUCAGGGCACCUCACCCCCUCAGCUAUCCUGUACAGGGCAGCCAUCACACGCAAACAGAGACGUGGCGUGUCUUCGGAGGAGGAGGAGGGGGAGGUUGACAGCGAAGUGGAGUUGCCACGGAGACGACGUCCGACCAGCAUCAACCAGUGCCAGUCGGGGUCCACCUUCAGUUCAGAGAACCUCUCUGUGUCAGACGGCGAGGAAGGUCACACCACCGACCACUCCCACAGUGGCACCCCGGACGUGGUCAGCACCAACACGGACGACCGUCUGUACGACCGCAGCGAUGACCUCCUGUCGCAGGGGUCAGAGUUCCCGGCAGACAACACGGACCUGGCGCAGGGCUCUGACGGGCGGUCUGAGAGGAAAAGUGCUCUGGGCCAGGUCAAAGCCCUGCUAGAUGCUGCACAGAAUCCUAAUGAGAGUCAGGCCCUGUGCGACGACUCAGACUGCGACAGCGCUGAGCUUGACCAGUCAGGAAGUGGGGAGCCCAGUCGUCCACCCAGCGCUGGGGCCUAUGCACCUCCAUCAGGGUCCCAUUUUGGGCACCAACGAGGGUCUCCACAGGGGGCCCAGACAGGGCCUCCAUAGAGCCAACACACUGGACACUAUAGAACUACAGCUACCUUACAGUAAACAAGCAUCACAAGAGCCUACAUACGCCAGUCUCUAAAGCAGGACUUGACUGAAUGUGAUGAGGGGUCACAUCCACUUAGCCUGAGCUAUGACAAGUUAUCUACCAGUGUCUUAUAAAGCAAUAUGGGUUUGUUAGUUAGCAAGCCUUCAUAAGACAAUGCAGGUGAUUUGUUAUAAACUGAUAGCAGUUAUGACAGUUUGUAAUAUCUGACUUGUUUAGAUUUUAUUUUAUAGACUUUAGAUAAAAGUGUUAAUACAAAUACCUAUAGCCACUGCUCCAGUUCAGGAAAAAAAAUAUAUACUCAGAAAUACAAACUGUCCCCUUUGGCAACUUGUCAUCUGGUACUUUACCAUCACUGCUCUUGGAGGAGCCUAAUUUCCAAUUCACUUUUUUCUCUCAUGCAAAUUAAUAAUAAUGUAGAUAUGUGGAUAUCACAUGACAAAAAUCUAAAUGUAUUUUACGUGUAAGACAAGAACUGAUGUAAGAAAAAGCUGUAUGCAGCCCAAUGUACAAAUGCAUGACUACACAUGCUUAUAUUUUAAGUUUUGGAUGUAUCCAUUUUAUAUUUUGUGAGAAGGUUUACACUUUUUUACCCUGUAUUAUUUCCAUACAUUUUUUAUUAUUAUUGAUGUCGGCACUUAAAUAGUUAUGUCAAAGGGGAAUGAAAAUCUCACCGAAAUGUUCCCUUUCAUGGAUAGGUCCCUCAGUUGGUAAUGUUAAAGUCAUACUUUGAUCUUAACUCUCCUACCACUGAGUUUUGAAUACACAUCCCUUUAAGAUCACACAGGAAUUAGCCAGAACAGAGAAUACUACUCUCUGGUAGAAGUAGUGGAAUAGUAAGCAUCCUUUGAAUUUCAAGAGGUUUACACAUGAACUGUAAAAUAGGAAUGAUAUCAAAAUCCAAAUAUUAUGAGGAACAAUAAAAUAAACUGUUGGCAAAUCGUCAAGGUGUGACAGGUGUGUUAUAUUUGGGAACAUGUAGCCUUGAAGACCCUAUGACUAGGUGAUACCCCUGUAUGACAGUCAAAUCCAAUAAAAAUAAAACCAAAACGCGCAACAACUACAUUGUACCAUUUCUAUUCAUUGAGUUCAGGCAGUUUAUUUUUACAUUAGUAGUAGGAAAGUUACUCAUGUUUACCCCAGGAAAUGUUCAAAUAAAAAGACUGCUUACAGCCAGAGGUAGUUUAAGCGUUUCACAUAUUUUUAUUUCUGUCUUUAAGUUCAACAAUUCAGUUGCACCCAAAUCUACAAUAGUUUGAAAACGUGCACAAAAACAUGUUUCUUCAUCCUGCAAAGAAUAAUACAAAAUAAAAUCUGACCCAGGCAAAGGAGGAAACUAGUGUUAGUUAUAUAAUCUCCCUUCUAGUUAUUUUAAAUUAAUACCUCAAGUCUGAUCAUAUAAAGACCCACAAGUCUUUGGGGAGUUUUGCCCCUAGCCCCCAGCAGUUAAAAAAAAUAUUUUCUCUAUUUAAAACAAAUAUUCCAAUGUUAUUAUCAUUAUUAUUUUAGUAAUUUCUGAGAAAAUAAAUCCAUCCCUACAGCCCGUUGUCUCUGGGUACCAUGCCCCACCCACCCAACCCUAUCAGAAUCCAGUACACAACACUCAAAUGUCCAGAUAAAAAAAAGAAAGAGGAUGGAAACAGGAAUGACAAAAUAAUUAUACAGUAAAUAAGAGGUGACACAGAAUUCAGUUAAAUUCUCCUCAUAGUCCCACUUUAGAGACGUUUCAAUUAUUUUCUGACAUUGUCUUUCAUUACAUUUUUUUUUUUAAAAGAGUACAUCAUUUACACCCCACGUAUACCCAUUGCCCA